GAUGCGGGCUGCACUUAUGACUGGGAAUCUGCCACCCGCCAGGAGCUCAGCCAUGUGGGUCCCCAGCCGCCGCCACCUCUGUCUGACCUUCCUGCUAGUCUGUGUUUUAGCAGCAAUUUUCUUCCUGAACGUCUAUCAAGACCUCUUUUACAGUGGCUUAGACCUGCUGGCCCUGUGUCCAGACCAUAACGUGGUAUCAUCUCCCGUGGCCAUAUUCUGCCUGGCGGGCACGCCGGUACACCCCAACGCCUCCGAUUCCUGUCCCAAGCAUCCUGCCUUUUCCGGGACCUGGACUAUUUACCCGGAUGGCCGGUUUGGGAACCAGAUGGGACAGUAUGCCACGCUGCUGGCCCUGACGCAGCUCAACGGCCGCCAGGCCUUCAUCCAGCCUGCCAUGCACGCCGUCCUGGCCCCCGUGUUCCGCAUCACGCUGCCUGUCCUGGCGCCCGAGGUAGACAGGCACGCUCCUUGGCGGGAGCUGGAGCUUCACGACUGGAUGUCCGAGGAUUAUGCCCACUUAAAGGAGCCCUGGCUGAAGCUCACCGGCUUCCCCUGCUCCUGGACCUUCUUCCACCACCUCCGGGAGCAGAUCCGCAGCGAGUUCACCCUGCACGACCACCUUCGGCAAGAGGCCCAGGGGGUACUGAGUCAGUUCCGUCUACCCCGCACAGGGGACCGCCCCAGCACCUUCGUGGGGGUCCACGUGCGCCGCGGGGACUAUCUGCGUGUGAUGCCCAAGCGCUGGAAGGGGGUGGUGGGUGAUGGCGCUUACCUCCAGCAGGCUAUGGACUGGUUCCGGGCCCGAUACGAAGCCCCCGUCUUUGUGGUCACCAGCAACGGCAUGGAGUGGUGCCGGAAGAACAUCGACACCUCCCGGGGGGACGUGAUCUUUGCUGGCGAUGGGCGGGAGGCCGCGCCCGCCAGGGACUUUGCGCUGCUGGUGCAGUGCAACCACACCAUCAUGACCAUUGGCACCUUCGGCUUCUGGGCCGCCUACCUGGCUGGUGGAGAUACCAUCUACUUGGCUAACUUCACCCUGCCCACUUCCAGCUUCCUGAAGAUCUUUAAACCCGAGGCUGCCUUCCUGCCCGAGUGGGUGGGCAUUAAUGCAGACUUGUCUCCACUCCAGAUGUUGGCUGGGCCUUGAACCAGCCAGGAGCCUUUCUGGAAUAGCCUCGGUCAACCCAGGGCCAGCGUUAUGGGUCUCCGGAAGCCCCAGUAACUUCCGGAGAUGCUGGUGGUCCUGUAGCAGCUGGACACUUAUUUCAAGAGUGAUUCUAAUUGGCUGGACUCAGAGGAAACCCUGCAGAGGGGCUUGCUGCAAGGGUGGAACAUUCUAGAACCAGUGGAAGAGCUUUUCAUGAUGGCUGGCAAUGUCUGGAGACGCUUAAUGCCAUUCUAGACCUCGCAUUGCCCACCUGUUCUUCCCAGCCCGUGUCCAGAGUACUUCUAGAGGGCUGUCUGCCCCCUUCCCCAGGGAACUCCUUGCUCCAGUGUUGACUGUCUAGAAGAGAUAUUUCUCCUCCCCCUGGGGUGUCAGAACUGAAGGACCUCUUGGAGGUUGUGGGGCAAGCACUCACCAACCCCCCACCUCUGUUUCUCCAAGGGCUCUGGGGGAAGGUUUGCUCUAGAGAGGGUCAGUGGUAGGGUCUGUAAAGAACCCUUCUGGCCCCUUCCAGAGGGGAGGGGAUUCUGGAAUUCUCGAUAACCUCCGCCAAGAAGCCGAUGAGGGUACAACCAGAAGCUCACCACCUCACCACUGCUAGAAAGGUUGAUGGAAGACAAACUACCUGUGUAGCUGGGGUGGUUUGGGAGCAGGGCGGAACUUUCCCCAACCUUCCAUCCCCCAGAAAACCACAAACCAUAGAUAUACUAAAAUAUGGGAGGAGGAGGAAAAGGAUGGCUGCUGAAUGGUGCAGGUUAUGGAGCAAGGCUCUGCAGAAAUCUAGGGACAACUUUUUUUUUUUUUUUUUUAAGCCCCCAAACUGCCAACGGUAGGUAGAUGUGCAUAUGUUGGCUCUGAGUUCAUUUCCUCUCCCACUGAAGGAUAUUUCCUCCUUGGCAGCUGGGCUGCUGAGGCUGAUGGGGUCGAUUUACCAAACGCCACUUGGCAUAAGGGUGCCCAUUGCAGAGACCCGCCCAUAUCGUGCCUCUUGCUAACCCCUAUCUGCCCCGAAUCCACACGACCAUGAAAUCUGGCUUUGAACAAGCCAGGAAUGGAAGGCUCUGAAGGUAUGUAGCCCAUGGCCUGGCCUCCAACCCAGGCAGGAGCACAGGGUCUGGCCAAAGAGGAUGGGACAUUUGACUCAGGUUUUAGGAUCCUCCUGAUGCGUUUUGAAGGGAGUGAAGGCAGAUGCUUUUAUGAUAGAGUUGUCUGAGAAUCUAAGCCCUGUUCUAGUCUUCUCAGGGAAUUUGUGGGCACCGGUCCCUACUCAGUUGCCCUUGGUGGGAGAGAGGGAAGUAUGAAUUAAAAGUCCACAUCACC